AUGACUACUUUCAUUGGAUCGGUUGAACCGUACGUGCCAGGAACGUCUUUCAGCGAUUACGCAGAGCGUUUACAGUAUGUAUUCAACUAUAAUAACGUCCCAGUUGCCAAUCGCAAAUCGCUUUGUAUAACGGUUAGUGGUGCUGCUGUAUUCGCUGAGUUAAAAAAACUUUAUCCGGGAACCAACUUAGAUACACUGCAGUACAAUGAUAUUAUUCUACGACUAAAAACGAGAUUCGAUAAAACGGACGGAAUGAUGAUUCGGAAAGCAAUGUUCUACGAACGGAGUCAGCGAAAAGAUGAAAAUGCUGAGGAUUUCAUCUUGGAUGUAAAAUUGCUUGCAGAAAACUGUGGUUUUGGCGAACUGAAGGACAUGUUAGUUAGAGAUCGUUUAGUAUUUGGAACGUGUGACAAAAAGUCACGAGACAGGUUAAUGGAAGAAGAUGAACCCACAGAACAGGCUAAGUUAACAGAAGUGAUCAACAAUAAUACAGAGGUGAUACAUCGGACAACUCAGCAAAAUAAUGUAGGUGCCGUGCACGAGACCAUCGAUCGCAUUGAGUCAUUGCUUAUUGAAAUUAAAAAAGAGCUGACAGGGGGAAAAAGCGCCGCUUGCACUGGCAAUGUUAUUUCCGUAAAAAACCAUAUUACGUCAGCUUUAGACAUAGCGAUGCGAUCGUGCUAUGAAAAUGUAGAAGCAACGUUAGCAACGAUGACGACUUCAAUAUCAACUGACUUAAAACUAAUCAACGAAGAAAUCAAAUUGAUUUCAACAAAUGCCGCUGUGUUUAACGAUAGCGCCGUCGCUGCCGAUAUGCUUUAUAAUUGGCCGGCCACGCAGAUUAUGGGUGAACUACAACACCUAACAGAAGCUGUCAUUCGUCUUGAAACCCCGCAAAGUGCACCCGCUCCUAGUAUCGCCGUGGAACUGAAUAACGCCAAUUGUAACGAUGAUUCAGUUGAUCACUCGGGAUGGCGCAUUAUCGGAUCUACAAGGCGCUGGUGUGCAGAUUGGAGAGAUUACGACAAUAAGAAAAAACGUCGUGAGGCUCAAGAGCAAAGAGAAUUUAAAGCGUGGCGGAAUCGAAAAAACCGCCGGCAACGUAGAAUGCGAACGAAUAAUAGAGGCAAUACCAGUGUCAAUAACAGAAACAGCAACGGGGUUUAUAAUAGUAACAACAGCAGCAGAUACAAUAACAAUAAUAGAAACAUCAAUAAUAACAGAGGAAUAACAGCUAUAUUUCUUUCGAUCAUCCACAACACAAUAACAUCAGCAAUCAUCGAAAUCAUCUUCCCCCGGAUAGAGUACUACUUGCGGCUGCUAGACAUCACUUUUCUGGACCACCUUUGA